AUGCUGGGGAACGGUGCGAGACCGGCGGUGGCGCGAGGAAAGACGCCGUCCGCGCUCGGGAUCGGGACGAAACGCGUCGUCGCGGACGGGGGAACGAACGCCACCGCGGAGCCCCCCGCCGCGAAGCGAAGUAACCUCGGUAACCUCGGCGCGCCGUCCGUGCACGACCUCUUCGCGUCGCGCCGCGACCGCGCGCCGCUGUCGACGUACUUCCACGGCUUGAAACCGAUGCAACGCCCGUCGCGUUCGCUCGACGCCGCCGCGAGGGCGAUGACCGCGGACACCGCCAUCGGGUACCGCGUCUCCUCCGACGACGGCGCGACGCUGACGACCGCGGACUUCCGUCGCGAGAUGCUCGACGCCGGGUGCAAGGCGCACCUCCUGAGCAAGGAGUACGUCUCGAACGCGUGCAGGUGGGUCGUGUGGCAGCAGGCGUGCGUCGCGCGCGCGUUCCCGGAGCAUCUCGGAGCACGCGGCGCGCUCUCGAAACGCGCGGUGACGCAGCGGCUGCUGUAUCGCUACGAGCGCGAGCUCAUCCGGGCGCGGCGGCCGUGGAUUCGACGCGUGAUGGAACGCGACACGCCCGCGGGCACGCCCGCGGUGCUCGUGAUCGCCGCCGUGCGACGACUCGGCGGCGCGGGCGGCGGCGGCGGCGGCGGCGGCGGCGGCGCGGAAAUCGAGGUCACCGACGGAUGGUACGGCCUCGCCGCGCGCUUAGACCCGGCGCUGAGCGACCUCCUGCGCCGCGGGAAGCUUCACGUCGGGCAGAAGAUUCUCGUCCAGGGCGCGGAGCUCCGAGGCAGCGCCGAGCCGGCGUCGCCGUUGACGGACGCCGCGGACGAGUUAUGGCUCGCGUUGCAUCGCAACGGCGCGCGGCCGGCGCCGUGGGACGCCACGCUCGGCGCGCGGCGCGCCGCCGCGACGUUCCCGCUGCGAACCAUCGUCCCGAACGGCGGGAACGUCCUCCGAACGCUCGUGCACGUCGAGCGCGCGUAUCCGCCCGCGUGGGUCGAGAGCGGGAGAGUGGACGGGCGGACGAUUCACCGAGGCGACGCCGCGGAGGCGCGGGCUGCGAGGGCGUUCGAGGCGGCGCGCGCCGAGGUGAUCGAGCGCGCGGCGAACGAUGUUGUUCUCGGCAACGGUUCGAGAUAUCGCGACGACCUCUGCGAUCUCACCGACGCGGACGCGCGCCGCGAGGAUCACGAAGAGGCGGUGAACAAAACGCUUGAAUCGAAGGGGUUACUCGAACGCAGAGUCCGGCGCUGCGUCAAGCUGAGGGUCUCCGGCGUGAGGAACGUCGAGCACCGCGAGGCUCGUCUCGUCGGCUCCGCGCUGCUCACGACGUACGACGUCGACGAGUCGUUCCUAUCGCACGUCGUCGAGGGCGCGUGCUACGAGCUCACCGGGGAUUUGCGACCGAGCGCGUUCGAGAAGGCGGGCUUGGAGCUCGCGGCGGGCAGAAAGACGCGGUGGCGACGCGUCUCCGAGGACGCGCUCGCGCGCGCGGGUCUCGCGCCGUCGCCGACGCCGCGGAAGCUCGGCGGCGUGAACGACAUCGCGGCGGGCGCCGUGCGCCGCGGCGACGAGUUCGACGCCGUCGCGGUGCUUCUACACGCGUCGAAUCCGAUGCCGCCGGACGCGCCGCGGUCGCAGUGGGCGUUCGCGUUGGAUCACACGUCCGCGGACGGCGCGAGAUUGCUCGCGAUCGAGAUCGAGUCGCGGACGACGGAGGCGUUCGCGUCCGCGUUCGAGUGGGGCGCGGGCGGCGGAGGGGAUAAAAACGUCCAUCACGCGACCGUUUUGAAGUUCGAGAACUUGACGUACGCGCGCCGGGACGACGAGAACGCGCUCGAGGUUGCGAGAGCGACCGAGCACACGCGCGUCACCGUGUUGCUUCCUUCGGGGAGCGCGAGCGCGAGCGCGCCGUCGUCGUCGUCGUCGUCGUCGUCGUCGGCGGCGGCGGCGCGAGACGUCCUCGCGAAGCGCCUCUCCGACGGCGUCCUCGACGUCCGCGCGCUCUCGAGGCGCGUCCGCGCGCUCACGAACGCGCCGUCUCCCGCGGGAAAGACAGACCCGCCCCCGCCCCCCCCGCCGUCGUCGUCGUCGCGGUCGCCGGCGGCGGCGACGGGGCGGUACUCCAUCGCUUCCGAGAUGGAGUGGUCGCAGGGGUUCAUGAACGCCGUCGAAGCCGCGGAGGCCAAGGCGGCGGAGGAGCUCGAGCGGCGGCGAACGAUGAAAGAGGCGGAGGACGCCGCGGAUGCGGAGGCGGAGGCGGAGGCGGAGGCUGCGUUCGCGCGCGCGAAGGGGGGCACGCUGACGCUGGAGAGCGAGCCGCAGGCGUGA